GUCUGUCUCCGUCCCUCCGUCCCUCCCUUCCUCUCCUUUGGGCUAAAUUGCGUAAAAUACACUCGAUACAUUCCAACCAAAAGAAAGAAAAUAGCGAAACAUACAGAAACAGGAGUGAGCUAACAAGUGUCAUUGGGCUUUGGUUCAAGGGUUUCGUCUUCACGAACCCGAAAAACCGAUAGGCUCUUUGUCUUAUCGUUACGCCCUAGCUGGUUCGGUAGAGCUCCGAUUUUCCGUACAGUUAUGGACUCCUCCGGUUUGAAUAGCUUCGACAUCUUUCAGAUUUACAGGCGAUAUUGCGAAAUAACAUCAGGGGGUUAUGCUGGUGGAAAUGAAGGUUACAGGCCAGAUGAUGAGUCACAGAAGGCUCAAUUCUCGAGGGAGGCACUGUCUCAACUCUUAAAAUUGGUGGAAUCAAGGGUGCAUACGAGGAUGUGUAUUUUUGAUGAUGUUUUCAAGCUAAUGUCGAGGCUAGAUUUGAUGGUAGACUUUUCCGAGUUCUCGCGUUUCUAUGAUUUUGUUUUCUUCAUUUGCCGUGAAAACAAUCAGAAGAGCAUCACUGUAAGCAUGGCAGUUACAUCUUGGAGAUUAAUAUUAGCAGGAAGGUUUCGACUGCUUAACCAAUGGUGCGAUUUUGUUGAGAAAAAUCAGCGACAUAAUAUCUCUGAGGACACGUGGCGUCAAGUUUUAGCUUUCAGCCGGUGUGUACAUGAAACUCUUGAAGGGUAUGAUCCUGAAGGAGCUUGGCCUGUUCUAAUUGAUGACUUUGUUGAUCACAUGUACAGGAUCACGGGAUCCAACAAUACUCCUGAUUUGUUUUGUAAAUGUGGUGAUUCAGAACUGCAGACAUUUGAGGACCCUCGCCCUGGAUUAAAAAUUUUCCCUGGUUUGAAAAGGAAGUUGUUUGAGGACUUUCAAAAAGAACUGGAAUCCUCAGGCAGAUUUGCAAGCUCUACUAUCACCACGAAUUCUAAGAGAAGGCAUGUCUAUUGUGCCGACAAAUUUAUGAACCGGGGCGAGAAUCCACCUGGUAGAGUUACAGAUGAGUGCCAGGAAAUUGUUGAACAUAAUAGCUCAUUGGGUUGCUCCAAGUAUCCCUGUUCUAUUGAAGGUUGCCUGACCAGGGGUUUUGCUGGACUUCUCUCAAGCCGUUCCUGUUUGCAGAUUGGUCGCAGAGGGAGAGUUUCUUAUACAUAGAGAAUGUCUACGCGAUUUGAUAUGAUAUGGUGGUGUCUUAUUGGUUUUGUUUGGGCUUGUAAGUUAUACGUAUAUCAAAUUUCUUUUGGUUACUGGGUUCAGUUUGAUGUAUUAUUUGCGGAUUUUUUGCCGUGUUUAGUGAAGCCAAUAAAUGAUGAUAUGGUGUAUUGUUGCCUUUUUCGAUUGAAUUAAUUUCGUC